UCUUCACUGCUACACUUUUCGUUCAUCGUUCACGCGUGCCUUUUCUUGUAGCGACAGUGUCUAGGUUUUCCUGAUCAGCACAAGCACUUCGCACUCCAUUCAUACGGACAGCCAAGAUGGGUUUCACCAGGAAGCAGACUCGUUGCCUUAUCAGCCAUCUCGCCUUCUACUCACUAGCGUCACAAAUCAAUCCAAUGCUAUUCCUCUCUACUAGUUCCUCGUACCCCAUCCGUUAUUCCCAUCCUCAUCACGCUCGCACCUUGCUCGCACCCACUCUCUGCACGUUUGCACGAAGCGGACUCAUUCAAGUUGCCUUAGGCUUUCACUUGCCAGCUUGAAAUUCACGAAUCAUUGCCACCUCACAAAACCUUCGUAUCACGUUCCACAUGUUCGGCCCAGAUGA